UAUUUUAAUCUUUCAGGAGGACAUAUAGCUCCUGCCAUAACGAGAUCUGCUAUAUGACUGCAUGUUAUUAUAGUCACGUUUGUUCUGCACUUAAGGUCUGGAUAUUAUAGGCUCCCUUCUAAAGUAACAUCAUGAAAUCUAUGAGGGAAGUUGAUCUGGAUACAUACAAUUUGUCUUUACUUACGGCAAAAGAAGACAUCCUGAAUCCACGCUCGUCAACAAACUGGGCUUUAUUUACCUAUGAUGGAAUAAUGAACAGACUCAAACUGGCUGAUUCUGGAGUAGGUGGAUUGAAAGAGCUGACGGCUAAACUUCACCCUAGACUGCCGCUUUAUGGGAUGUGUAGGGUGGGCAAAGCUCAACCCCGCAUCGCUAUGAUAUUAUGGGUAGGAAAUGAAGUUGAUGACUGCCGCAGAGCUGAGUGUGCCAGCCAUUUACCAGCAAUCAGGGCCUUCUUUAAGGAAGUUCACAUCUUUCUUCCUGCCCACACUCUGGAAGAAAUCACAGAGGAGAGGAUCUGUACGCUGGCCUAUAAUGCUGCAGUGGUAACGCAGGGGCCGAGAGCGAGACCUGGCCGCCGGACAGGAGACAGUCAGGCCACUGUGGGCACUAAUUACAAGCGAACAAUCGCAGCUGCAGAGAUCCAGAGAAUUCAGAGAGAUUCUUUUUGGGCACAAGCGGAGAGAGAAGAGGAGGAAAGGAAAAAGGCGGAACAGCGGAGGGCAGCAGAGGACAAGAGGCAGAGAGAGAAAGAACGAAUGCUUCAGGAGAGGAGAGAUGCAAUAGAGAGAGAGAGGAGGAUGAAUGAAAAAGAACAGAAAAUAAACGAGCAGAGGAGAAUAAAGGCGCAAAUGGAGGCAGAGGCCAAGAAACGUGAGAAAAUAAAAUGGGAGCACGAGGAAAGGGAGCGUGAAGAAGAGGAAAUCAGAGCUAGAUAUUCAAAAUCUCAAUCAGUGGAAAAAGCUGCGGAGGCAGCAGCUCUGGUGUCUCAGCGUACUGUAAACCCCAGAGAGUUUUUCAGACAACUGUCCUUCCCAAGUGUGCCCACAGCCUCCAGUCCCAGCUCCACAUCUCCAGUCAGUAGUCCCUACAGACGACUGCAUCGCAGUCAGACGGACAGUAUCUUCAGUUUCAAUGAAUCACCUUCAUCUAGACCUACAUCUCCAUACAGAUCAUCAGUGAUUUCACCUUACUUUCUGUCGAAUCCCACAUCCCGGAGCCCAAUCCUUUUCACUAGCACUAUGGCUUCCUCACUUCAGAAUGGUGCAAUGGAAUCUACCAAAAGCCAGUUUCAGCUAUCUUCACCAAAGAUGAUGGAGCCACGGCUCCAAACUCAACUAUCACCUACAACCAAUGCAACUGAAUCUGAUAUACUAGAUAGUCUGGUCUUUUAUCCACCUCCACCAACCCCUGAACAGCUCCAACCAGAUGAAUCCCAGAUAGUGGAUGAGUUUCCUCCACCUCCCCCUGGUUUUGAGAAUUCACCUGAACUAUCUGUGAAGCUGCCGGAGACUCUUGAUGUCCCCUUAGACCCUCUUCUUCCUCCAUCGUGUGUUUUGGUACCUGAGCCACCCACCAAGCCACUUCCUGCUCUGCCCGUUGAUCCACGAAUGCUGAAAGACCUGGAAGCGGAGAAGGAUUUUACUGCUCGGGCAUUGGUUAUAUCUACGGUGGAGGAGGAGGAGGAGGAUGAAGGGAAUGGAGAAGAAGAUAUGAAAUAUGAGGGGAAAGAUGUGACUGAAGAAGAAGGGAAGGGAGGUGGAGUUGAAACUGGAGAGAAGAAGAACAGAGGACAAGAGGAACAUGAUGGGAAGACUUCGGAAAAACAUGAAAAUGAAAAAGAAUCAAAUGGUAAAAUGACGGAGAGAUAUGAGAGUGGAAAAGAUGGGAAGAUGUUGGAAGAAUGUAAGGGCGAAGGAAAACAAGAUGGAGACAUUACUGAAGAACAUGAGCGUGAAGAAGAUAAAAGUGUGCAAGAAUUUGAUAGUGGGAAAAUUAUGGAGGAACAAGAGAGUGAAAAAAUAAGGUUAGAAUGUGUGCUAGAAAAAGAGAAGGAUAGGGAAAUUACAGAAAAGCAUGAGGAAGAUCGAAAAUAUUUGGAAGAACAGGAAAAUGAAAAAAACAUGGAAGAAUAUAAGCAAGAUGGGAAUGUUGUGGAAGCAUUCAACAGUAAAAAGGAACAAGACAAGAAAAACAUGGAAGUAUUUGUGACUGAAAAAACACAACAUGAAAAAAUGAUUGAAGAAUGUGAGCUAGAUGGAAAAACUGUAGAAAAAUGUGAGGAAGAACAUAAGAGUGAAGUUGGGGAAAUUAUGAAAGAACAAGAAGUUGACAAAUUACAAGAUGACAACAUCACGGAAGAACAUGAAAGUCAAAAGCAAUUUAAAGAGGAAGCUGGGAAAACUGUAGAAAAAUGUGAAGAAGAAUAUAAGAGUGCAAAAGAAAGUGAUGGAAAAAUGAUGGAAGAACAUGGAAGCAAAGAAAAACGAGAUGGGAAAAUGAUGGAUGGAUUUGACAGGGAUAAAGAACAAGAUGGGAACAUCACGGAAGAACAUGAAAGUGAAAGGCAAGAAAACAAGGAUGAAACUGUAGAAAAAUGUGAAGAAGAAUGUAAGAGUGCAAAAGAAAUUGAUGAAAAAAUGAUGGAAGAACAUGGAAGCAAAGAAAAACGAGAUGAGAAAAAUAAGGAUGCAUUUGACAGGGAUAAAGAACAAGAUGGGAACAUCACGGAAGAACAUGAAUGUGAAAGGCAAGAAAAUGAGGAAGAUGGGAAAACUGUAGAAAAAUGUGAAGAAGAAUUUAAGAGUGCAAAAGAAAUUGAUGGAAAAAUGAUGGAAGAACAUGGAAGCAAAGAAAAACGAGAUGGGAAAAUUAUGGAUGCAUUUGACAGUGAUAAAGAGCAAGUUGGGAACAUCACGGAAGAACAUGAAAGUGAAAGGCAAGAAAAUGAGGAAGAUGGGAAAACUGUAGAAAAAUGUGAAGAAGAAUAUAAGAGUGCAAAAGAAAUUGAUGGAAAAAUUAUGGAAGAAGAUGGAAGCAAAGAAAAACGAGAUGGGAAAAUGAUGGAUGCAUUUGACAGGGAUAAAGAACAAGAUGGGAACAUCACGGAAGAACACGAACGUGAAAGGCAAGAAAACGAGGAUGAAACUGUAGAAAAAUGUGAAGAAGACUAUAAGUGCGCAAAAGAAAUUGAUGAAAAAAUGAUGAAAGAACAUGGAAGCAAAGAAAAACGAGAUGAGAAAAAUAAGGAUGCAUUUGACAGGGAUAAAGAACAAGAUGGGAACAUCACGGAAGAACAUGAAAGUGAAAGGCAAGAAAAUGAGGAAGAUGGAAAAACUGUAGAAAAAUGUGAGGAAGAAUAUAAGAAUGCAAAAGAAAUUGAUGGAAAAAUGAUGGAAGAACAUGGAAGCAAAGAAAACCGGGAUGGGAAAAUUAUGGAUGCAUUUGACAGGGAUAAAGAACAAGAUGUGACAAGGAUGGAAGAAUGUGGGCAAGAAAAUGAGCAAGAUGGAAAACAACAUAGUACAAAUCUGGAAGAACAUGAAAGUGAAAAUGAGGGUUGGAAAGUUGUGGAAGUGUUUGAGACUGAAAAAAUACAAUAUGUGAAAAUGAUGGAAGAAUGUGGGCAAGAAAACGAGCAAGAUGGGAAAACUGUAGAAAAACAUGAACAUGGGAAAAUUUUGGCAGAACACGAAAACGAAAAUCAACAGAAUUACAAAAUGAUAGAAGACUUGGGGAUUGAAAAAAUACAUGAUGGAGAGUUCGUAGAAGAAUGUGAAGUUGAAAAAGAACAUUGGAAAGUGGUGGAAGUAUCUGAGACUGAAAGACUACAACAAGUGAAAAUUAUGAAAGCAUGUGAGCAAGAAGGAAUAAAUGUAGAAGAACAUGAGACUGAAAAAGAGGAUGAUGGUGAAAUCCAAGAUAGUAGAAGGUUGGACGAACAGGAUUGGAAAAUUACAGAAAUGUUUAAGAGCGAAAAGGGGCAAGAUGAAAGACAUGAAAAUGGGAAAGAACAAGAGGGUGAAAAAGAACAGGACUGGAAAAUGACAGAAAAUUGUGAGAGUGAUAAAAUACAAUAUGGUAACAUCACAGAGGAAAAUGAAAAUGAAAACAAACAAGAUGGGAUGAUUGAAAACCAACAGGACAUACAGAGCCAAGAUAAGGAAGGAAUGUCACAUGUGGAUGUAGAUAAAGCAGUGAACGUGACUGUGAUCAGGAAGGAGGAAUCAUACACAGAGAUUAUAAAGAGGUAUGGGACAACAGAAGUAGGUUUCGGAAUUGAGAAGGAACCUUUAAUCCAGAAAGAGGAGACUGACACAGUCUUUUCCCAGCAUGCAACACUUUACCCAGAAUCGCCAUCUCCAAUCAAUGACGCAUGUAUUCCUCAAAGUAUUUCAACCACUCAAGAUAAAAACGAGCUACAGAUGUGCUCAGCUCAUACCUCAUCCCAAAUAAACUUACCAACCAUCCAGGUCGAGUCAGAUCUUUCUAGUUUGAGCAAUCAAAGCGAUUCAGACAUAAAAGAGAAGACUGAAUCUAUUGACUCUCAAGUUUCCUCAGAGAUCUCCAAGAACAGCCCAGAUGCCACAUCAGCAGAACAGACUCCUGCAGUGCAGGAUGAACAACAGACAGAUGCAGAAAUGCUUCAAGAGGAUGAGAUUGUGGACGGCAGCAAUGAUUCGGGUGAGGGGAUUGAUGCUGAGUCCAAGAGAUCACCUUUAUCUGAACAUCAAGCCAGGACUGGACAAUCAGAUGAUGGGGAGGGGCUUGUACCUGUCAGGCAUUUCCCUGAAGACACAGAUUCUGCUGCAGUGGACCUAAAAUAUUGUAUUACUCAUCAGCUGGAUCUGACCAAUGACAUUAGUGAUGUAGAAGUAGAGGAAGAGGCUAUAUCACUCCUAGCCAGUGCCACAGAUGCGGAGCAAAACUUAAAAUGUGAUUCUGACCCAGACCAAGUGAAUAAAGACAUUAAACAUGAAGGUCUGCAGAACUGCGAAAUCAUCGCAGAAACACCCAGCGACAGGAGGAAUGAUAACAGAGCCGAUGAAAAAUGAAGAACAUAAUUGGAGGCAUCAUGGGAACUCUGCAGCAAUCAUAGAGGAGCCCAUUUGGAGAAAUACGACCAAAGGAUGUUUCUCUUAACCAAUCACUGAAGGUCUUGCAGUGAUUUUCUUGAGUUAAUUCUCAUAUGUGCACAAUAAUGCCCGAUAUACUGUAUGUAAGUAGCACACAUUCGGGACUGUGUCCACAAAUGCACUCAAUAUACAAUGGGCUCUAAAUAUUUGAGACCACACUGAAAAUAGGAAACAUGUAUACGUUUAAAAAACAUCUUAAUAAUAUAAAAGAGAAAAAUGUUAUUAUGUAAUAUAAAGAAGGUGAAUUCCUCAAUCAUGCUGGAGAACAAUCAUCAUGACACACCAAAUACUGAGACAUCCUAAACUCUUGUCCAUUUUUUCUGUUCAGCUUUUCACUUGUUAUAUUUAACCAAAAAUGCACUAUAUUAUAAAAGAAGUAUUUUCACAAGCAGACUCAGACUUUUGAACCCUACUGUUGGUUAUCUAUAGUUACAGAGCAUAUUUAUUAUUCAUUUUUCCUCUCAAGCAAAAUAAACUUGCAAGUAAUGUUGUUACUGUAUGGUUCUUACUUUCAAAUAAAGAUUUCUCUGCAACCAUCUGACAAAAUAGUA